AUGUCUAUUACUACUGCUACUACAACUGCCGCUGCUUCUGCUGCUACUAAGGCUAUUUUCUCCCCUAUCAAGAUUGGUAACAACACCCUCAAGCACCGAGUAGUUCUUGCACCUUUAACUCGCUUCAGGGCUUCGUUUGAAGCGGUUCCCUCUCCCCUUCAAGUGGAAUACUACAAACAAAGAGCCACUGAAGGUGGAUUCAUGAUCACUGAAGGAACUUUCAUUCAUCGGCUUGCUGGUGGAUACGUUCAAGCACCUGGUAUCUACAAUCAAGACCAAAUUGAUGCUUGGCGCAAAGUAACCUCUGUUGUCCACGAAAAGGGAGCUUUCAUCUACUUGCAAUUGUGGCAUAUUGGUCGUGUUGGUGCUAGCAAUUUGAACCCUAACAACGAAAAGCCUGUUGGACCUUCAGCCAUUACAGUUACUGGAAGCAACUUUUACGGUGGCGAGUAUGAAGAGCCUCAUGUCCUUACCAUUGACGAAAUUCAAGAAAUUAUCCAACAAUAUCGUCAAGCUGCGUUGAAUGCGGUUGAAGCUGGAUUUGAUGGUGUCGAAAUUCACAGCGCUAAUGGCUAUCUUUUGGAUCAAUUCAUCAAUUCUGGAAGUAACAAGCGUACAGAUAUCUAUGGCGGGUCCAUCGAAAACCGCACAAGAUUUGCUUUACAAGUUGUGGAUGCUAUUGUUGAUGCUAUUGGAGCUGAGCGCACUGCUAUUCGUUUCUCUCCUGGUUCAAGCUAUCAAGACAUGGAAGAUGACACUGUUGUGGAAACUUGGAGCUAUUUGACAAGUCAACUUCAACAGAAUCAUCCCAACUUGAGCUAUUUGCAUUUCAUUGAAGCUCGAUCUGGAUACCGUCAAGACCAUUAUGUCAACUCUGAAGACUCCCUUGAACCUUACAGACAAAUCUGGAAAGGUCCCUUCGUCUCUGCUAGCGGUUUCUCUACAAAUUUAGAACAUGCUUUUGAUCUCGCUGAAAAGACAGGCAAUCUGAUCUCUUUUGGUCGCGCUUUCAUCGCAAAUCCUGAUCUCGUAGAAAGACUUCGUAGUGGUUGGGAGAUCAACAAGUAUGAUAGAAGCACCUUUUAUGCACAUGAUGCUCAUGGUUAUUUGGAUUAUCCUUUCUACAAUGAAGGCAAACAGUAA